AGCUGGAAUACCUCUAUAAAGAAGAACUUUCUUACCAUCUAUAUGUUGGUUAUUUUGAGGUACAUCUAUUCUAGAAAGGGUUAACCAUAAGAAAUGAAUUUUAAUGUCUGGAAUAUCAAAGAGAUGCUCAGUAUUCCCUCAGGCUCUGGUUUUGGAGAUUGGAAGUCCUAGAAUCAUAUGCCAGCUGGAUCAUUUCUGGACCACUAAGUCAUCUAGCUGGAAUAAUAAUCAGGCUGAUUACUCCAGUCUCAGUGACUCCCAGUUCCUCUUUGGAUCCCAGUUCUGUCCAGAAAGUUCAGAGACUCUGUCAGCACCCUUGGAUGGUGUCCACGUGAGACAUCCAAAACAAUCACAACAGAAUUCUCUGGACAGUGAACCUAGUAUUUUCACAAAGUACCAGACAAAACCCCCGCUGUUUGGAGCAGAUGCAAAUGAUAGAGGCUUAUUUCCUCCACCUUUGUCAGUUGGAAAAGCAAAGGGCCUGUUGGAACAGUUUGAAGAGAAAAAGAAAAGGGCAAAAGACAAAUGUGACAGUGAGACUCUAUACAACCUCAUUUCACAUAUCAGAGAAAGCAUUCACAGGUUGCAGACAUCUGUGGAAAAGUCUGAGGAACAUCUCAGCUCAAGAAGCCAAUCUAUUUUGGAUGGUUUGGAGACCCUGGCCAAGACCUUGCAAGAGACCGUGCGGGCCCAGAGUGAUCUGGUGUUGGAAACGGUGCAUGACAAAGGCAACAUGGAGCAGGUCAUCUUUGAGAUACAGAAAAGAUUUGAAGCUAGACAAGCAGAGUUUAUAGAAAUGAGAUCCGACCUGAAGCACCUUGAAGCUUUAGUGGCCCAGCAGAGUAAGGACUUCCAGCAGCUGUGUGAGCAGCUUGGCCAGCUAAAUGUGGCCAGUGUCCUGGCAGAGCUGAAGAGAUUGAUUUCAGACCCUCGGGUAGCCGGGCAUGUGAAAGACAGCACUUCCCAGACCUCACCACCUCUGGCCCAGAGCCUCCAUUUCACCAGGCAGGGCAGGUACGCUUCUGAGGAGGCAGUUCUGUGGCCGGCGCAGGCCCCCGCUGCUGUACGGACUCGGAGUAUGGGCUCCCUGCAGCCUGGAGAGUUUGGUGUCUGUGGUGAGAAAGCAGAAAGCGGUGCUCUCCAAGAAGAGGCUAUGCGGCAGGCAGCUGGAACCAGCAGAAGAAACAGGCGAGUCAAGGACAGGGCUGUGCAGACCAACCGCAGGAACUGGACGGGUCCUAAAACCAGCUCUGAGAACCAUGGCGCCGGCUCCCCAGGCCCCGAAGUUCCUGGUGGUAAGGACUGGGUUUCUCCGGGAGCCUCAAGGCUUCUACCCCUGGACUCAAACAAAUUUGCAGCCAGCAUUAAGAACACCUGCCCAAAAUGUCAAGCUGCAGGUGUGUCUCCAUGUGAUCCUCGUGAACAGAGGCUGGUGACUGCACAGAAAAGCAGACCUGUGGAAAGAGGGAGGAAAGGCAGAAAGCAGGCGCCCAGGAAGUCCCAGAGAGGCAGGCUCCGAGCCAGGAAGCAAGAACAAGCCCCUAGCAAAACCUGUGCUGUCAUUCCUAAAUACCCUCAGCCGCCAGUUUCUGGCCCACAAAGCCCCCCGCUGGAGCAGCAGAAACCCCGUGCUCAACCCCUGCAUCUGUGGAGCCCCAACAGCCCCACAAAGCCAGUCAGCGCUAUUCUGGGAGGAAGAGUCAUGCGCACUAAGGCAGUGAGGGCAGCGCAAGGAGACCUCUUAGAACUCAGUGGGCUUUCUUCCCAAGACAACAGCCUGCUUGCGACCAGUUCCCAGGGGGACCACCAGAUGAGCUGGUUCAGCGACCUCAACCUCGGAAGUUCAGACCCCCCUGUGUGCAAGGAGCCAGGGAAGAGUAUGCUCUAUGAUCUGGGUUUUGAUAGCAGUGAUGAUGGCUUCUGACCCGCCCACAAAAUUCUUCAGCUGGUAGUUGAUGGGUGGCAGCUGGAAAGACACACGAUCCCACACUGAGGCCCGCGAACAGCAGGAAGUCCCUGCCGGCAGCGCGCAGGCUCAGAGGCCCUGCUGGGGUCAGUGCAGGGUGGGUGCGGGGCUGGUGGAGCAGAUCUGGGCUGCUGGGUUCCUGGUGCUGCCCAUGACAGGCGUGAGAGCUGCGUGCGUCCGUAUUUAUUGGAGGGAAGUGUGUGAGGACGGUGGUGCGGAGCUGGGCCAGCAGCCCGGUUGCAGGGAAUCAGGAGGGCUAGCGAGUGGCAGCAGUGCUCCCACAGAACCGUUGUGUGUGGCAGCACGACUCCCCAACACAACAUUUUUGGUCUUCACAGUAUUUCCUGCAUAUAAUCAAUAUUUUUCCAGGCCUCAGGUUUUGUUGUUGUUGUUGUUGUUAUUUUUAUCCAGUUUUACUGUCAGAGUGCUUGCAUUUUUUGAUCAGUGGAUGUAUUACUACAGAACACACUAAAUCUGUCCUCUUGUGCACAGAGAAACAGAGACUGUUACGCUGCCAGUGGAAGAGAGGUGACCCACACCCAACAAAUGCCCAGAGGGGCGCUGUACACCAGCCACACAGUCCCAGUUUUCUUCUUGGCUGUUUUCCCCCAUCCUGUUUUCAGCCAUUCUUCAAGCAAAUGAGAGCAUCUAAGGGUCCAGCAAUAUUUCUGGAAAGCAUUGGGCUUAUAUGAGACUUUGGCUUUCUUAUACAGAGAGUUUUGAAUUUUUGUUAUACAUAUAUAUUUCUUUUGUAAUACAAAAUAAAACAUAUAAA